AUGUCUUCCAAAAUGUACAUCUCCUCUCUCAUAGCGUCAACGUUAUUGCUUGCUCCUGCAGCAGCAAAGAAUUGUAGGAACUUUACAGUUCCAGUAGAUAUUUCUGCUCGAACUGGUGUUUUUAAUCUUGCAGUUCCUCAAAACAAUCUGGAUAUUCCGGAUUUAGUGCUUAAUAUCACGAAACAGGGCCAGAACUUUACAGAUGUUGUAUUAGAAGGAUACAAGACGACUUCUGGAAUUUACAAUAUCAGUACCCAAUUUUGUACUCCUUCGGAGGACAAUAGCACGAAUCCAACUGUUCAAGUUCUCACUCACGGGAUUGGUUUCGAUAAAGCGUACUGGGACUUGCCACUCAACGACUUCAACUACAGCUAUGUUCAAGUUGCUACUGAUGUGUUCAAAUAUCACACCUUGAGUUUCGAUCGUCUCGGGGUUGGAAAGUCAUCGCACGGAGAUCCAGUGAACGAGAUUCAAAGCUUCCUGGAAGUGGAAGCAACCGCAAAGCUGACACAAAUGCUAAGAGCCGGUACCUUUCCCGGUGUCAACCACACUUAUAACACCGUGGUCCACGUUGGACACAGCUUCGGAUCUGCUCAAACCUACUCCUUAGUUAACAAAUACCCGAGUAUCUCCGACGGAGUAGUCCUCACAGGCUUCUCCAUGAACAGCUCCUUCAUCGGUCUCUUCGCAGCAGGCAACAAUCUCCAACAAGCCUAUCUCAACCAACCUCUCCGAUUCAGCAACAUCAACGGCAGCCAAGCCCAGAAUCUUAUCGACACAUAUGCCACAAACCUCUUCGAUUACCUUGCCCCAUUCGAUCUCGGUAGCCUCCCCGAGCCGCAAAACACACCAAAUGGCUACCUCGUUCCCGCCAAUGCGGCCGCAAACAAAUAUCUCUUCCUGAAACCCCAAUAUUAUGACCCUGCUAUCCUUACGCUCGCGGAACAGACUAAACAACCAGUUACCAUUGGCGAACUCCUCACGCUUGGUAGCGUGCCUAUGAUGAACAAUUUCGCUGGCCCAGUCCUUGUGAUCAACGGAGAUGCCGAUCUCCCAUUUUGCGGCAGUGAUUGCCUGAAUACCGGAGGCGUAGCACCGUCGAUUGCGGCGAUGGUAUCGAAAAAUUUCCCGAAUGUGAACGGGACUAAUUUUGAGUCGUAUAUCCAGCCCAACACCGGACAUGGAAUUAAUUUGCAUUAUAAUGUUACAGCUGCGUAUGGGGUUAUUAAUGGAUUUUUGAACGGGAAGGGGUUUGGAAGUAAAUAG